AUGGAGGCCUUCACUUUUGCGGUUUCCACCCAGGUGGACUUCCCAAUCCAUGUCAAGAUUGGUUCACUAGAAGGAAAGCAGAAGCAAAUUCCGCUCUCGGUCCUUUUGAAGAAACCUGAAUUGCGACAUAUUGGGUCCGUACAAAACCCCGUAUCCGAUCUAUUUGCGACGGCGCAAUUAUGGUCGGAAUCCAAGCCCCUAGGGGUGCCUCUGCAGACGUCAUACAAGGCAUUCAAAACUGCUAGAGCCUGGAAUGAGUGGCUGCAGCUGCCGAUGUCAAUCAAAGACGCCCCGCUAAAAUGUCAACUCGCUAUCACGAUAUGGGACCUAUCGCCAUUUGGUGGGGAUGGCGCGGAUGGCCAUUACAUACCGUUCGGCGGAACGACGAUACGGCUGUUUGAUGAUGAUGGGAAAUUGAAGACCGGAAAGCAAAAGUGUAAAGUCUACCGGCACAAGGCUGCCGACGGGUUCUCAGCAACCACGACACCGUCGAGCCCACCGAAACGCCGACGGGGCAACAAGCCUGAUCAACUCGGCCCUUCUCAAGAAGAGUUGGAGCUGGAGAGGGUAGAAGUCUUGAUCAAGAAACAUGAGAUGGAGGAAAUCCCGCAAAUUGACUGGAUGGACCAACUGGUUUUCCGCCAGUUGGAGAGGCUAAAGCUGAGCGCCGAUACAGCUGCGAGGAAACGUGCUAUUAUCAUGGAGGCCAAUAGAAACCGACGCCCAGAUGGCGACGAGGACGAGGACGAAGAGGAAUACGAUGACGAAAACUUUACUCUAUAUGUUGAGUUUCCACGAUUCGACCAUCCUAUUGUGUGGUCCGACCACGAAUAUCCACCGCCCCCCAUCUCUUCGUAUUCUCAAAAUGGGCCUGGAAACGCAAAUGGUACUUUGAAGAGUCUGCCAGAGGUCCGUUUUGGACCGGGGAUCGAAGGUGCCGAUGGCGAAGGGGUCAUCAGAAUUUAUGACCCCGAGGUUGGCCAAACAGGCAACCCUUGUGAAGACAAACAUCGCCGGCUCAUUCGUAGCCAUCGCACCGGCAUUAUGGACCGCGACCUCAAGCCUAACCCUAAAAUCCGCGACGAUCUUAAUACCAUUAUGUCUUAUGAACCUACACAAGACCUUACCGCAGAAGAAAAGGAUCUCGUUUGGCGAUUUAGAUAUUACCUUACUCGAGAGAAGAAAGCUUUGACCAAGUUUGUCAAAUCGGUCAAUUGGCGGGACGUUGGCGAAGCACAUCAGGCUGUCGAAAUCCUACCAAAAUGGACAGAUAUUGACGUUGAUGACGCUCUAGAGCUCCUUGGACCAACGUUUGACAAUGCUGCGGUUCGUUCGUACGCUGUCGAACGGCUCCGCAAGGCAGAUGACGAUGAGCUGCUGUUGUAUCUUUUACAACUCGUGCAAGCGCUCAAGUACGAAGACAAGUCACAGGAAGACGCGGACAUAGCUGCUCACGACUCCUCGCUGGCGAACUUUCUCAUCACCCGCGCAGCUAACAACUUCAAAUUGGGCAGUUAUUUACACUGGUAUCUCAUGGUAGAAUGUGAUGAUGCCGGUCCAGGGACGCUGUCCUCUCACCGUCGGCUGUUCGCCCGGGUGGAAUACUACUUCAUGGCAGAGCUAGAACAAUUACAUCCAGAACACAGGAAAACCCUUUUGCGCCAGGGUGAGCUUGUUGCUGUCCUCUCAAAAAUCUCCAAGGAUAUUCGUUUCGCCCGAGAAAACCGGCCUAUCAAGAUCGAAAGGCUGAAGAAGUAUCUCAAGGAUCCAAAGAACGAUCUCCUUCAGUUCGAUCCGCCGCUCCCUCUUCCAUUGGACCCGGAUGUGAUGGUUACAGGCUGCUACCCAGAAGAAUCUAACGUGUUUAAGUCGUCGCUGUCUCCUCUUCUCCUCACAUUCAAAACAACUGAAGGACGAAAAUACCCGAUUUUAUUCAAGGUCGGCGAUGACCUGCGUCAAGAUCAGCUCGUCAUCCAGAUCAUAAUCCUAAUGGACCGUCUCCUUCAGAAGGAAAAUCUCGACCUCAAACUCACCCCAUACCGCAUUCUGGCCACCAACGCCACAGCAGGCGCAAUGCAAUUCAUUCCUUCAACCUCACUCUCUGCCGUCUCCGCCAAAUACAAGACCGUCCUUGCCUACCUCAAAGCUAACAAUCCGGACGAUGCCGAGCCACUCGGCGUCCGCAAGGAAACUAUGGAUACCUACAUCAAAUCUUGUGCCGGCUACUGCGUAAUCACAUACCUCCUCGGCGUCGGUGACAGGCAUCUUGAGAACCUUCUCCUUGCACCAGACGGACACUUCUUCCACGCAGAUUUUGGCUUUAUCCUUGGCCGUGAUCCCAAGCCGUUUGCGCCAAUGAUGAAACUCUGCAAGGAAAUGGUGGAGGGGAUGGGCGGGACUUCCUCGCCGCUAUAUCUUCAGUUCAAGCAAUACUGCUUCACGGCGUACACGACUCUGCGAAAGUCGGCGAACCUCAUUCUGAACCUUUUCAGUUUGAUGGUCGACGCCAAUAUUCCAGACAUCCGUGUAGAGCCCGAUAAGGCUGUUCUGAAAGUGAAGGAAAGAUUCCAUCUCGAAAUGACUGAAGAGGAAGCUAUCCGCCACUUUGAACAGCUCAUUGGUGACAGUGCAAACGCCAUCUUUGGUGUGGUGAUUGAUCGUCUCCAUGAUUUUGUGCAGGGAUGGCGAGCGUAG